UACUUACUGUGGUUUUGGUUAGGAGAGACAAGGACGGUAAAUAGGAUGUUACGAGAAAACACGCAUUCUCCCAUCCCAAACGACUCUGCGAAGAAGUAAUAUUUCGACAUGAUUUCUUUUGCAUACUACUCUCAGAAGUUUAAUCUAGGUCGGUCUCGGAGCCGAUUUUGCAAUUUUGUCCAAAACAAUUUUAUGCACUGAAAACUGACAUUUCUUAUAGAAGAAAAUUUUUCACGUCCCAUUUUUCCAAAAUCGGCCCCGAGAGCGACCUAGAUUAAACCUCUGAGAGUAGUAUGUAAAAGAAAUCAUGUCGAAAUAUUACUUCUUCGCAGAGUCGUUUGGGAUGGGAGAAUGCGUGUUUUCUCGUAACAUCCUAUUUACCGUCCUUGUCUCUCCUAACCAAAACCACAGUAAGUAGACAGAGAACAUUCGACGAACUUCACACCGCUCGAUCUAGUGAAUUUCACUACUCUUUUAUGGUCAUCGAUAUAACAAAAUACAGACGCGCUGCAAAUGGCCUGGUCGCCAUAUUGAUGAUAACCAUUUAUUUACGCGUGGUAAUGAAGGAUGAAAAACAUAACGCAAUAUUUUAUGGAUACUAUAAAAGCCAAUGAUAGUUUACCUGUACAUUCUAAUAGUACUAAGAAGAAAGAAAUUGAAUCAAGGAAAUAUUCUAAAGAUAAGUAUAAUUACACAACAGUUGAAAUAUCUAAAAAGAAUUCAGGAAAAGAUACGUGUAAUAUGAUUGAAAGUAGCAGUGAUAUAAUUGAUAGAAAUAGUAAUCCAUUUAAGGAGAUUAAUAUAUACCAAACAUCCAAGCAAUAUUUUUCAUCAAAAUUAUCGUCAACAAAACUACAGAAACAUGUUGAUUUAUCUCUGGAAACUAAUGAUGUUCUCAACAUUAAUAAAAAACAAAUCAAGAAUGAUUCUAUACAUAUUUCAACUGACAAAAAACGUUAUAUAAAAAAAUCAAAAAGAGGAGAAAACAUUAACAGUGAUACGCAUGUAAAUGAUAUGUAUAAAAGCACUAGCACAAAUUUGUUAAAUGUUCAGCUCAGUGACGAAAUUAAAAGUACUCAUGAAGAAUCAAAUGCUUUUCAAAUUCUUAUGAGUCAUAAUAAUUUGAAUCAGUGUAGUACACCAAUAAAAGAUUUGACUGAAAAUGAACUAAAUGCUAGAAAACCAGAAGAACACGGAGAACAAUUUAUAUGUUCAACAGAUCGGUUAAUAAAUGAGAAGAGAAAAUCUCUUAAAAGAAAAAUUUCUCAGAUAGAAAAUGAGAAGAUUGAGAAAAUUAUUCAGAAUCCUGUAAAGUUUUUGAAGAAAGAAGAGAAGAAAGAUAAUUCUAUGGAUAUCUCAGUUGUAGGUCAAAAACAGGCAUCAAGUAAUUUACUAAAUUAUUUCAGCAAAACUUCAGUAAAUUUAACAAACACAAAUAUGGCAGAUAUAUCUACAAUCUUAGUAAAAGCUGAUGUACAUAUGUCACAAAACAGUAUUGAACAUGAUUUGCAUAAUGCAGUUUCAAGCAAUGCAAUAUCAUCAAAUAAAAGAAGAAAAACAUCAAGUUUACAAUUUUCGGAAGUAGACAGUAUAAGUGUAGUAGAAUCUGAAAUCAUUGAUAUUCCUAAUAAUGAAAAAAAACAGAAAUAUCAAGAAUUGAAUAAAGGCAGAUGGUCAUUACGAAUUAAAUUUCAAACACGUGAAGAUGAAAAUACUUCACUGGGUGAAAUCAGUGAUGGAGAAUUACUUUCAUCCAAGAGUAAGACUAAAUUAAAUACAGAAAGUUCUAAAAAAUCUAAGAUAAAUAGGGGUUUAUAUUCAGAAAAUUUGCAAAUAAGAGAUAAAAGUAACAAAGAAAUAUCUAAAAGAAUAAAUGAACAUACAAAAUUAAAAUUGAGAAAAUGCGAGCAGCCGGAAAACUUACUGUGUAAUGUCACUAUACAGAAUGAUAAAUGCGAGAGAGGCAAAUUUGAACAUGUUCAUGAAAUAACUAAAUCUGAUAAAUUUAAAUCAACUUUGAAACAAAAUAAGAAUUUUGAUGACUGUAUUAUUGUUGAUGUAAAAGGUAAUAGUGAAACUAAGAGUAACCAAGAAUGCUGUGUAAUUAGUCAUGAAAAUAAUUCGGAGAAAAAAACAACUAGUAAAUUGGCUCCUAUAUUUACGAAACAACGAAAAGCAAAUCAAAAAGAGAUGUCAAUAAAACAGUUACAUGCACAAACAAAUAUAAAUGAUAAUGAUAACAAAAAUAUGAACCAACAAAUAAAUGUUUGCAGUACAUUAUCAUUUCCACUUAUUAGUCAUAUUACACAAUUAAAUAAUUUAGAUUGUAAUGAAAAAGGUAAUAUUAAUUUUUUACAAAAAGUUAGUAAUAAAUUGUAUAUUCCAAAUUUAAAUGUAAAAUAUUAUAAACAAGUUGUCGAUUUUUCUGAGAUAAAGUUGAAAAAAUUAAAAAACAUUAACCAAUCAAAAAUUGAAGAGGCAUUAACAGAUAUUGAAAAAAGUUGUUCAGAUGUAAAGAAAAUGUGGAGCGUUAUUGCACUUACUGUUAAAAGGCACUCUCAUAAAACAGUGUCCCCAAAAACAAAAAGUAGAAAAAAUAAACAAGUGAAAAAGAUAGGAAUGACAGAACAUAUAGAUAAUGAAAAUCAAAUUGAAAAUUUUAGUUGGACUUACAAAUACAGACCAAAAUCUACCCAGGAAGUAGUUGGAAAUGAAAAAGCAGCUAUAAAAUUAAGAGAAUGGUUAGUUGGAUGGAAAUUAACGUUUAUAAACGAAGAUAGUAAUAGUGGAGAUGAAUUUUAUUCAUCUGACAGUAGUUAUUCAAAAAAUAAUAAAAAUAAUCAGGUGGCUGUACUGUUAGGUCCUCAUGGAAGUGGUAAAACUGCAAGUGUAUAUGCAGUAGCAGAAGAAUUUGGCUAUACGGUGUUGGAAUUAAAUGCCUCAUCUAAAAGAACUGGGAAAAAGCUUCUUAAGGAACUAGAGGAAGCAACAAAAUCAUACCAAAUAAAAAAAAAGGAAAGAGUUACUUCUCUUUGCAAUUUAAAUUCAGACAAAAUUAUACCAAAGAAAAUAUCAAAAAAUUCCCUUAUUCUUAUAGAAGAUGUUGAUAUUAUAUUUGAAGAAGAUGAAGGUUUUAUUUCUGCUAUAUGUCAGUUAGCGUCAAAUACGAAACGACCAAUUGUUAUGACGUGUAAAGACGUUUGUCCCCAUUUAAAUAAAUUGGCACCUCAACAAAGUAGAAUUUUUUUUCAAAGUCCUGUUGGCAAUAAAGUUUCUGUUUUGUUAGAAUUAAUUUCAUUAGCGGAAACUGGUUACAGGCUUUCUUCCAGUUGUAUUACAGAAUUAUUGCAAAGUGGUGAUUUACGGAAAGCUAUAUUACAAUUACAAUAUUUGUUAUUAUCUGGCCCACCACAAAUGUCAGAACAGUUCAUAAAUUUCAAGAAUUCAUUUUGGCAGAACAUGCAAUACCACGUAUACAGACCAGCAAUUAAAGUAAGUAAAAAACAAAAAAGAAAAGUAGUCACAGGUAGCGAACCUAGAAAAAAUAAUAAGAUUUCAUUAAAUGAUAUAGCAAAUAAGUUAGAUAAUAUAGCUUUGUUAACAUCUUUAACGAACGUAGAAGAUUCUGCAUUAAAUUUAAGGCAGCUAAAAAUACAGCCCAGUUUGUCCUUAGUUGAAAAUACUGCUUUAUAUUCAAUGAGUAGUAUUAUGUGUUCAGAGAUAGCUGAAUGGAUAGGCAACAAAAUUAUGUACAAAGCUUGUGAAUACGACGAAAGAAAAUGUCAAAGCAAUAUCAUUUUAAGGAAACAAUUAAAUAAAGAAGUAAAUGGAGCAUUAUCACAUAUCACGUCAUCAUUACUCGAUCAUGAAAUUAUAGCUACGGACUAUUUCCCAUCUAUUAGAACAAUGUGUAGAGCAGAAGAAUAUAGAGCUAAUACGAAUUACAAAAGGGGAAAUCGAUAUUUCCAUUAUCUUCAUAAUUUAAAACCAUCUUCAUUGCUUAAGCCGAAUAUUUUAACAGCAGCAUGCAAAAUGUUGUGUGAUAAAACUGACACUGAUAUGUGUAUAAAUAAAAAUAUUAACUUUGCGUAGCGACCAAUUUUUCGAUAGAUACGUUGUAAUGAUAUAUGAUCGGAUAUACACAAAUAUUUUAUAAGAUUUAUACACAGUAUUUCUGGUUUAAUCAUUCAUAAAAAUUGUAUUAAGUCUUUUCUAUCAAAUAAAAUAAUUGGUACAAAAUAUUUUUUCGCAUUUCUAAUAUUUACAGAAAUAAUAGCAUAUAUAUAAUCGAGCCAGAAGUACUGCAUGUGUUUACAAACGAUAAAAAUAUUAGUAUUAUUAAGUUUUAAAUAUCUGGUACCCGUUCUUUUAAACUAAAGUAAAUUGUAGGAUGCCUUUUUAAUUCGAUGCGGUGAAAUAUUUGAUCAAAGGGUUUUACUAAACGAUAUUCUGUACUUACUCUGUACUAUUUACUAUAAGAUACUUUUAUUUUUAUAUAUAUAUAUAUAUACAUUGUAAUAUCAUAUUUACGGUGUAAUAUCACUUUUUAAUGAAUCGAAACUUCAUCAUUAAUGAAUAAUUUGCUUUA